GUGAUAUUUUCUAGUAGAAAAAUUUAUCAAAAACUGAUUAAUCCAAAAAAUAGUGUACUGAAAACACUUCUUGGUGGACUAAAGCCGACAGCAUUAUUUAUAUUACUUCCAAUAAUCUUCCUUGCAGCAUUUAUCAGCUUUGAUCUGCAUGUUAGAAAUACCCAUAGCCAAGAAAGCUUGGGAUUUUCAUUGCCGUUCCAGUCAUCACUCAAGAACUUUGACAUUACCCAAGGAUUUAUAAACUCCCAUAGCCCAAAUAACAGCCUAGAAACAGAUUUGUAUGUCAUGGAUAGGUCAAUAAUUUCAGUUAUGAGCAAGAAGCACAAUGCUUUUUUUUCAAUUGGUGAAAGUGUUGAGGGUUCAAAAAAGUUUACGAGAUUUUGUGAGAUUCAUAAAAUACAUGGCCAGGACUUUGAUGAUGAGGAGCCUAGGUUUAUAAAGGAUGGGGAUUAUGUUAAAUUUAAGCAUAUCGAAGAGGACAAAUUUGUAGGAAUGAAAAGAAACGACUCUGAUCAGAAGUUUGUUGAGCUUUCUGCUGGAACUUUUGAGAGUGACGAGGACCUUUGGCAGAUUGUAACUGAUGGAUAUUUAAAAACACGGUUUUCCGAAGUUGAAUUCAAAAAUGUCAACAGUGGUGACCAGCUGUGUGCAAAAAUGGUAAAAGAUCAGCCGAGUUUGAACGCAUCAUUUUACUCUGAUGUAAAAUCAAGAGUAUUUUAUAUAGCGGACAAUGUAAACCACGACUAUUUCAAAGCUAACUUUCAUGAUUACAGGACUAGAAUCACAACAAAUGAAUAUCCUACGCAUUCCUUUUUCAAAAAGUUGCAAGAGUAUCUGAGCACAGUCAAUCUGAAAUUCAACAGUGUGGCAGAAAAUGCUUCAGGCCUUAAAAAGUCCUGGUGUAUGAUGCCAGGCUUACUUUCUAUAUUCAUUCUACUGAUAAAUGGCAUAGCUGCCAGGAGAUGGAAAUCAAAGAUUAGCAUCAAAGAAAGCACUGUUGUUUUUACAGCAACAUACACAAUGGCGUGUCUAUUUUCCCCAGUGAUAGGAGUUAGGGCAUACAUUAUUGCGUCAUUUGGUUCACUGUCUCUUUACAGCAUCAUUUCAGAUCUUGCCGACAUGAAAAAAGGUAAGGUUGUUUUUGCAAGUGGAUUUGAGAAAGAUAAAAAUGAAUAA